UCUUAGCACAGGCUUAGCGAUUUGUUCAUUCUCUCAAGCUCAUGUCACGCAGGCUUCGGUUGGGCAUUCAAGUAACUAACCCUAUUCGCUUUGCCUAUUGAAAGCUUUCCUUAGGUGAGGGUAUCGCAACUUUUUUGUUUGAUAGCCUAGGCUAAUAGCGAAACCGGGGGCUACCGUUUUGCCAGCGAGAGGAGUACAAGAUAGGGUGCAUCAGCAGUAAAGCGCUUCCAGCAGAACACGAACAUGAAGUGAACGGUGAAAGGGGCGCGCACAAAGAUGUAAACACUCGUUCUGGCGCUGGUGCUGGUGGGCAGACAUCCGUUACCGAGGCGCCCGUUCCGGGGGCUGUUACCCCCGUAACAACCCAUCCUGGCAGACCGCUUGCUAACACGGAGUUAUCUCCCGGAGGCAAUCCAUCGGUAGGCACCAACAGCGACCAUGUCUUCAUUUCCAUGCCGGGGAAGCUCGCAGCUGCCCGUGCUUCGCGAGAAGCCACGGAACGCUUUUUGCCACGGCGGGGCUCAGCGCAGGUUGGCCUCUCCACAGAACUCGAGGACGCAUCCGUCAGUGGCGAAGCCAGCACCCUCGCAGCAUCUACAUCCCGGCGCGGACUGGUCAUUGAUCACUUCGCUACCUCUUCCUCCGCCAGCGUAAAACAGCUCAACCCAUCUGCCUCAGGCACUUCCGUCACGUUCCACGCCUCUUCCACCCAGCAAACCCAGCGCAGUACAGGACCUGUGCCGGCAGCUGCACCUGACCGGCCCGCAAGCGGAACCGCGGCACCCGUCGCCCUCACUCCUCGUGCCAGCAGCUGCACCGGCCCAGCCUCGACCCAGAUGGCUCGGGUACCCAGCGGCUGCCCCUCCACCCGCAGCGGCCUGUCCAUCACCUCCCUGCCUACCACCGCGGACGCCCGGCCCCGACCGCUUUCUCAGAGCCCCGCUGCCAGCAACUUGCUGACGCUCUCCGCCACGCGGCGAUCCAACAGUGGGACCUGGGCGACCGCUGUGGACUUGGAACCCGCGCACAGCCAUCACGGUUCAGCUCCAGCUCCUGACGUGGCCACAGCAGCAGCAACAGCAGCAGCAGGGAAUGCAACUGCUGCUGCUGCUGCAGCAGCUUCCGACGGUAGCGGCGCCCGAGCAGCCGCUCCGGCUGCCCCCACCGCAGCUACUGAGGCCACGGCGUCCGUCGCCGCCGCCGACACAGAUACCGCUGCUGCUGCCUCUUCCUCAGCACCAGCCGCAGCAGCAGCUGACGCUGCUACGGAAGCUGUAUGGACGGCUGCUGCCCCCGCACCUCUAGAGCGCAGCAGCAGCCGGGCUGCUCGCCAGGUAGGUGCAGUGCCGCGGCAUCAUUCUCGGCUCCGCAUGACGGCAGGUCGCGACGGCCCCUCCAGGCUGCCGUCAGGGCAGGGCGGUACGGGCGUAGCUGCUGGCGGCGGCGGAGGCGUGAGCAGCCUGGGCUCCGGUCCAGGUGGCCGGGAGGGCCAGCUAGGCCGGCAGAGCUCAGCUCAGCCCGGGCAUGGCUUGGAUGUGGCGGAAAGGCUGGCAAUGCACGCACACUCCCGACCGGAGUCGCACCUAACAGGCGCCCAGCUCUCCACUGCGGUACUGGACUGCUUGCCCGUUUCAGAUUUUGAGACCUCGCCCGGGCAGUGCAGCAACACGGGCACAUGGACGCCCGCUACCGUCCCCGCAGCUGCCGGCAGCUCCUCCGUGAGCAUUGCAGCAGCGGGGGACAGCGGGUUCAUGAUCCGCGGGGCGAGUCACACACCUAGACGGCUGGGCACCGGCGGUAUCAUGAUGGGGCAAGGCGGCGUCGGGGGCGUUGGGGCGGUUUCGGAGCUGUUCGCCGUGGGGUCUCCCAGCAUGGAUUCCUCCUUCAGCAUGCAGCAAACCCCGUCGGACAUGGAGGAUGAGGCGGCGGAGCACCGCGCACGUACAACCCGCCGUGCCAUGCGCUCCGUAACCCUAGCUGCCAUGGGGGGAGCAGCGGGGACCAGUGUCGAGUUCCGGUCCUACGAAGCCCCGGGUGCUGCUGGUGCUGGUGCUGCAAGAGCCAUGCCCGCAGGAGGUGCUGGUGGUGGGAGUGGCAUGGCUGGAGCGGGGGUUGGGUUGGGUCUCGGAGCCGAUGUGGGUUCGUGCCAUUACCCAGUUGCCCGGGCCCUCACAGCAGGCCCGGGACCUGCGGGCACGGCACCCCACCCGCAGCAGCAGCAGCAGCACCACCCUCCCACGCAGCCCGGGGAGGCCGGGCAGACACGGGUGGCCAUCCGGUUGCACCACCAGCCGGGGCACCACCGGCGGCCCCCCAACCGACACGCUUCCAUGCCGGUCAUGCGGCAGGAUGGCGGAGGGGCGGGGGUGCAUGGCGGGGA